AUUUGCAUAUUUUAUUAGAGAGGCAAGAGUGUGUGUGAGAGAGAACUGUAGAAGAAAUUUGUAGUCGUGAACAGAAUAGAAAAGGAGUAAAAUGGCGGCGAGAGGAGCUUUGCUAAAGUACCUGAGAGUGAAGGUACAGGCCAUGCCUACCACGCGAAACCCGAACAACAACGGCCUCGUCGGUCUCUCCUUCAAUUCCAUACGCCGCCGUUUCUCCGAGGAAGUUAGAGGCACCUUCCUUGACAAGUCUGAGGUCACCGAUCGAGUCGUCAAUGUUGUCAAGAACUUCCAGAAAGUCGAUCCUUCCAAGGUUACACCAGAUGCCCAUUUCCAGAAUGAUCUUGGGUUAGAUAGUCUAGACAGUGUGGAGAUUGUGAUGGCCCUCGAAGAAGAGUUUCAGUUUGAGAUCCCAGAUAAUGAAGCAGACAAGAUCAAUUCCAUCAGUCUUGCCAUUGACUUCAUAUCUUCACACCCUCAAGCGAAGUAGGGUACAAUGUGAGCCCUAUCGUCUUUAUUUUUUUCAUUUUGCUACAGUGAUUAGCUGCAGGAUUAAACAUCAUAUUUUGGUACCUACUUUUCCAUGUUCGAGUUGGUUUAUCUUUCCUCAAUUCUGGUUGAAGAGGAUUGUUUCAGAAUGUGACUGGCAUGCUUGCUCUUCUAGUGGAAGGGACUUGUAGUUGUAUGGUCCAACGAACCAAACUACUGGUUGACACUAGUUGUUCAUGUCUAUCUGAUAUCUUGAAUAAAAUUUUUUGGAGGUCAUUACCCCUCUAGGUGCUUGGA